CGGAAGAGCUCUUCGUAUUCCUCUUGAGGGGUCGCGUGCUUAGAGUUGGGGCGGGGUUCUUGACUAGGCAGGGGGUUCGUAGUAGAAAAAGAGUAACAGGCCGUGCCACCCACUACUGUGUCAUUGGUCUGCUGAAGAGGCAUUUUGUUCAUGUUGACUGCUUCGACGUCAGUUCGUAGCGUGCCUCGUGCCUCUAUCUGACAAGGUUGCGAGAGAGUCUAUAUCGUGGAAUGACAUAACAACCUGUAGGAUGCUUUGUCUCUUGCGGGCUUGCGGUUGAUGAAGGUGGCUUAACUAUGUCUGCAAGGCUGCAUGGAAAGGGGCAGCGGGUCACUGUCCACAGAGGCUCCACCGACCUACAAGCAAGACUCUACUUUCGCUAUCAUCGGGUUCAUCUUCAAUGUCUAUAUAAUAAGCGUCUGUUGGUUCAGCAGUCGCGGCGUCCAAAUGCUGUAGUCAUACCACCACUCGCCGAGAUAUCCCCGGCCGUCAACGCUACUCUUCAUAAGAUGCUCUGACCAUGAUCGUUCUUACCAUCAACUCGUCAUUGGCACAUUACACAGCAUCGCACAGCGACUGAUCAGGGCAUGAAUAUAUCCCAUUCACGGGAAGCGGAGUAUUGGUGCCAGCGGGAAUCUUGUCAAGGACACGGUCUCCGAAGGAGAAGAAACCAGCCAUGGCUGCGGACAUGUCGAAAAGAGGAGCUGAAGUGAGGAAUCCAACCGGUCGAAGCAAAAGGCUCCGACGAUGGCACCAUCAACAACGUCAAUCGCUGGAUUUCGGCUCCCUCCAGGCUUUGUUCUCGCAAAUCCAACCCCCACCACAAUCGGCGUCUGCGGCCGAAGAAGGCAGCACGGGCACUGAUGUUGUCGAUCCCUCGCUAUGGUAUGUCCUGACGACUGCAGUCUUGCUAGCUUUCCACAAGGAGCAGCUCGUCCAAGACUUAUGGACCUACCUUGCCAACUCUGGAACCCACCAUACCAACGACGACGAAGGACGCCAACAUGAUGACCCCACCAAUACCGGCGGAAUACAAGCACAGGCUGAAGAAGAGCAGAGAUUGCUCUCGACCGCACGAAAGGUUCGCGAGGCCUGUCUGAAAGCCAGCACACUGGUUGGAUUUCCCAGGGCAAUCAACGCCCUUUUCGCCCUCACCUCGUCCAUCGGUCAGACCCACCCUCACACCCUUGCAUCGAUACUCGCCAACGACAAGCCUCUCCGACCGUCGUCAUCAGCAUCCUCGUCCUUUUCAGCAUCACUAGCACCGCCGGCCGACGACAACAUCGACAACUUGAACCACAGCUAUGAUAUCUCCUCUGGUAACUUAUCACCCACAACCACAAAUCGCUCUCCAACUCCAACUACAAUGGACAAAAGUACAUCCCAUUUCCACCAAAGAGGCCUAUCCUUCUUCCGCCGCAUCUACAGCCACCACACCCCCCGCGUUCUCCAAGCCAUGGACACCACGUCCGGCGGCGACCUGACCUAUUUCGCCAUCAACUGCAUUUACGGCGAAUUACUUUCGGAAUUCAGGAUCCUCGGACCCUUGGAGACGGGAUUGCUCGAGUUUGUAUGUUGUCUUGCGGAUGGGUGUGGGCCACAAGCUAAAGGACACUUCUUCGGCUCGAUCAACCUGGGCGCUACAACCACGACCCUGCGCGCCACCGUGUUGCUUGCAGAGAAAAUAGCGGAACAAUUGGACAUGGCGUGUCCGUGGAAGACCGACCACCACAUGGUAGCUUCUGAACGGGUCGAUUUCGACGACAUGGAUACCGAUAUAGAAACUACCGAUAAUGACUAUCGUCGGGACAAGAACGAGAGUGCCGCAAACGAUGGAGAAAAGCGGGACCACCGGAAAGAUAAAGAGGAGUACGAGCCCGAGCCCGAGCACAUAUUUGUCUCCGAUUUUCAGUUUCUAGACCGCAUUAUGGCGCGAUAAAUCUUCAUCAAGCAUUUGAACCCCCCAAUUCCGAGGCUGGUCGUCCCUCUAGAAUCGGUCAUGAAAUAUGGGACAUACCUAGACAGAGGAAUGCUUAUCCUGGAUACAACUCGUGGCGAGUCAACGACAGAAGAAAUGGAGAGGCAAAGGAAACCAAAAUAGACAAAACAACUAGAGGACAGAGAGGGUCAUCACGUCCGUAUGAUGAUAUAAUGAGAAAACAGUUCAUCGCAAAGCUCCUUGCUGAAUCUGCAUGGUCAAGCUCCACGCUCAUGGUCGUACCUACUCUAAUCCCGCGUGAUAAAAG